GCCACAUAGUGGCACAUACUUAAGCCAACGGUACAGCCGUUCGGACCCCCAUCAUUUGCUGAGCGCACGCCUUUCCUUCAUCCUGAUUUCUGCUAGCUUGCGUUAUCCUUAGGACGGGGCCUGACUGUCAUCAUGUCGUUCGCUGCUCUGAUGGCGCUUAGCGCCUCGCAAACUAAGGAAUCUCAAAGCGCCGUCCAAAUCGCACUACUGCAGCGCCAGCGCAACGAGGAGCUCCAACGGAAAAAGCGGGAGGAAUUCGAUAAAAGGGAGCGAGAAGAAGCAGCGAAGCUCCGACAGAAGAGAUUUGAGGACGAGAAGAAGCAACGAGAGUUGCAGCUCAAGAGAGAAACAGAAGUGAGACGCUUGGAGGAGGAGCAGGCAAGGCGAGAGGAGGAGCAACGCAAUGCGUUGCUUUAUGGUCCCAAGAAGGCCAAGUCGGGCUCUAAGUGGCCGUCGUCCAGCGGAAUCUCGAAGGAACAGAUCCUCAAGCGCAGAUUACAGUCAGAUGAGGAGAGUGGCUCCGGCUCCGGGUCUCCAGCAAUGGCUCUCACUCGCGAAGAGAAACGGCAGCGCAGGAUCGAAUCUGAAAUGCGCAGGGGUUAUGCCUUCAGGCGGGCCGCCACAUCCUCCGGCUACAACAAAGCUGGCAAGCGACUUCCAGGAGGGGCUAUCGACGCCACGUCAGCACCAACCUCAGACAGUUGUAACAGCUCACAGUCCGUCAAGGCUCGCCUUUCUGCACUCCCGAAUACUUUGACCAAGCUUAAUAUCCACAAGCGAGACACACGGACCAUAGACGAGAUUUUGCAGGACAGAGCCAAGGCGAAAACUGCCACAUUGGACGGCGACGAUGCCAAAGAGUUUAAUGACUGGUUUGGCAAGGGGAAGAAGGAUACGGCAAAGACCAGUACUCAGGUGUCUACGGCUGCACCAUCUAGAGCGUCCUCCGGCUCCAGCUCCCCAGGCCCCUCAGCGUCCAGAUCGGUCAACUCUGGCACGUCCAAGACUUCAACUGCUCCGAAGUCUGCUGUCUUGUCGUUUUCGAAGACCUCACAUUCCAGAGGCACAGAUAGCCCUCAAUCAUUAAAGACCGAGGUGAAACCCAAGUCGACUUCAAACUUCACUCCUUCAGUGAAGUCGCAGGCUUGUAAGCCUUCAUCAGUAGCACGCUCUGCCGGGCCCACUAAAAAACGACCCCGGUCCCCGUCCUCCUCGUUAUCCCCCCCUCCUCCAAAGAGGCGCCCUGCCUCGGCUGACGUGGACUCUUACAGCAAUGAAAUUUGGAAACUAUUUGGCAAGGACCGCUCUAAAUAUGUCGAGCAGGAUGUAUAUAGUGACGAUGAGGACAUGGAAGUUGAUGCCGGCGUUCUUGAGAGGGAGGAGCUCAGAAGUGCGCGUCUUGCCAGAAAGGAGGAUGAAGCAGCCCUUGAGCAGGAGAAGCGUCACGAGGAAGAAAAACGCCGCAAGAAGAAGGAACGGGAAAUGAAGGAGAGGCGGGGAUAAGGCAAGGAGUUUUUCUGACAUCGGCAUGCUAUAUUUCAUGGACAUUUCAUACCCUCAUGGAUAAUGGAACCUAUCCCGUUGUCUUUCUUGGUGCUUUAGAUAGGAUAUACUCAUACCACACACACCACCAUCACUCAUGUUCUAUCAGCCAGCGCAAUUUUGUUUAUAUGUUACACUAUGUAUUCGCAGUCACUCGAGUCGUACUCAUGCUUUUUUGUGCAAUGCAGUAUUCCCUUGCUCACCACCAACCAAU